UCUUAUAGAUAAUAAUAAUAUGGCAGGUACAGUAUUUGAGCCAUUUGUUGAAGGUUGGGAUUUUGUUGAGACACUUGGAGAAGGUGCUUAUGGAGAGGUUCGACUUGCAAUAAAUAGAAAAACACAAGAAGCAGUUGCAGUGAAAAUAGUUAAUGCUGAUAAAUUAGCAGGAAACAAGGACUGUCUUAAGAAAGAGGUUUGCAUUCAUAAAAUGCUGCAACAUUCUCAUAUUAUAAAGUUUUAUGGUCAACGCACAGAAAAAGAUAGAGUAUAUUUGUUCCUUGAAUAUGCAGCAGGUGGUGAGCUGUUUGAUAGAAUAGAACCGGAUGUUGGAAUGCCCAUUCCACAAGCAUGUAGAUAUUUCAAGCAGCUUAUAAAUGGGCUAGAGUAUAUUCAUUCCAAAGGAGUAACUCAUCGUGAUAUCAAGCCUGAAAAUAUUCUCCUGGAUGUGGAUGGCAAUUUAAAAAUUACAGAUUUUGGUUUAUCUACUGUUUUCCGUUACAAAGAUGUUGAACGCCUUUUAGAAAGGUGCUGUGGGACACCACCCUAUGUUGCACCUGAAGUGUUACAGAAAAAGGAGUAUAAAGCUGAACCUGCAGAUAUUUGGUCAUGUGGUAUAGUCCUUACAGCUAUGCUUGCCGGAGAAUUGCCAUGGGAUGAACCAAUAGAAAGUUGUAAAGAAUAUCUUGACUGGUCACACUCAAAGCUAAUCCACACACCAUGGAACAAAUUAAAUACUACUUCUAUUGGUUUUUUAAAGAAAUUACUGCAUCCUGUUCCAUCGAAAAGAUAUACUAUAGCUGAAAUUAAAAAAGAUAAAUGGUUUAAUGGAAAUUACGGAUCAUUGAAAACUAAAAGCCCACUUAAUGGUCUUACGAACUUCGAAACUUCGUCACUUAAAAAGCAUUGUUCAAGUGAUCGAUCUGUUUCAACAUCAGUUAAUAGUAAGUUAGUCAGCAAUUUCUCCUCUUCUCAACCCAUCCCAUCAUGCACUUCUUCAGAUUAUGAACUUCAAGAGAUUAGGGAAGAACAGCAAGGCAUUUGGUAUUCUCAACCAGUUAAUAUUGAGGAUAUGUUACUUAGUCAAAUAUCUCUAACACCUGGUUCUUCACAGAACCCAAUGGCACAUCUUGCAAAGCGCAUGACUCGUUUUAAUCUUUCCUUAACUUUGGAUGAAGCUGUUAAGAAGUUAUCGUCAACACUCAAGGAACUUUCUUUCCAAUAUAAAAUUGUAUCGCUUAAUCAGAUUCGAAUUACAAGCCACGACAGAAGAAAACAUACCUUAACUUACUUAACAAACCUCAUAGAAAUUAAUCAGCGUCCGCUACUUGUUGAUUUUAGGUUAUCCAAGGGUGAUGGUUUGGAAUUCAAAAGACAAUUCAAAACCAUUAAAGGAUUACUCUGUCAAUACGUUGUUUAGAUAUAUGACUUUUUGCAGAGGUUUUGAUUAUACUUAGCUGUAGAUUACUAAAAUGAGCUAAUAUAUCUUAGAAAAUAGUUCCAUUGGAUCUGGAACGGAAAUCUGUUGUAAAUAGAACUUUGUUUGAUAACUGUCCGGUGUCCCUUGGAUGCUUUUUUUGUAGAAAAAUAAACAAACAGUAGGUUUUGACCCUAAAUUUAAGCAUUUCUUGAUUAUAAUGCAAAAUAAAUGGCUAUUAAAUUAUCAAGAUGGGAACAAUGAAGUUGGGAACAAUGCUACUUUAUUAAUGUAUUAUAACACUUUUGUUAUGUGGAAAUUUUUGAAGUGAAAUUUGUAUAAAACGGUGUCAUGAUUUUGAUUAAAACAAAAAAAGUUUGUAAAACUGUGUUCUUAUUUUUGAAAUAUAUUUACUCUGUUUGAAAA